GCGACUUGCGCGGUGCGCCUGUUUCACGUCACGCCCUAUUUUCAGGGACGUAUUUGCUUAUUUUUAUCGUAAACGUAAAUAGGUAAAUGAGAAGUAAAUUAAUAUGACGCUAAUAUUUAUGUGGUUGUUGACAUUGUUCUUUGGCGUACCAACAUUAGGGCAUGUUUACAAUGCGGUGGAAACAGAAAUGUUUGCAAUACCAAUAAGCCCGAAUCUGUUUAACUGGACAUAUCAAGAAUUUGAUCAACAGUAUCGCUUUCACGCCUCGUUGAUCGGUAAGCCGGAGCUCCCGCCGUGGCUGCGGUACAUUUACAGCGGCCGCCACCACUCCGGAUUUAUUUUUGGAACACCACCAAGGAAUACCAAAUCGCCGAUCACUCUGGAAAUUAUAGGAUUAAAUAGACAAGAUUAUGAAACCCGUCGAGUGUUACUGACUCUGAACGUCAUCCCUAAAGAUAAUAUGGCGAAACACGAAGUGGAAUUGAAGAUCGAUAAUCUGAAUGUUGAGGAUUUGCUAGAUGAGCAUAGGAUGACACGGCUCAAAGAUAUCUUAAGAACGAAGUUAUGGAUAGAAAGUAGCACGGAUUUGUAUCCUACAUUUCUUGCAUCUGCCAUUGAUUUAGGGGCGCGCUUACCUCUGAAACCUAGCGACGGAGAAGGGCUCGUAGUUCGACUGGGCAGUUCUAUGCCAUUCUCGUCAGAACUAAAAAGGCUUAGAGAGGAAGUGCGACCAUUAUCACGUUUGCCAAGUUGUCCCCGUGAAUAUAAACGGACCACCGUUGAAAGACUGUUCAGAGACGCGGGAUUGACUCUUGAUUGGUGCAGCUUUGAAUUGUACAAUACAAUAUACAAGGAACGUACCACAGAACAUUUGGAGUACUUAACGGAAAUACCAAAUGGUUCUAAAUCGGCUAAAUCAAAAGGCUUAGGGACUGAGAUUUGGUCUGCGCCGUACAAGCAAUCUUUGCCUUCGCGGAGCUACGUGCAGCAACUAACAGCAGCAAUCGCUGCGCCAAUGGUGCUUCUUUUGCUGUCCAUUGCUGCGCUUACAGCUGUGCUGUGCUUCCAUUAUGCUGCUAUACCUGAUCCAGAAUCCGAUACUUUUCUUGAGGGAAUUUAUCACAUUUGCGAAGAAUAUAAGAAACGCAGAGCACACAAGUCAGCAAAAGUGGAACUUUGUAGGUACGGCACUGGCAACACUGAACAGACUCAAGUGGGGGACAAUGCAAGUCAAAAGAGUUUGGGACUCAGUCCAAACAACAGCCUGGCCAGGCCUUAUAGCCCGAAGUCAACCACGAACCUAGCGGCUAACUACAACCGACCCCAACCCCCUCCAUAUAUGGGCACCAACGUACACCACCGCAAAACGCACGAAAGAACACCAUCCACACACUCUCACACACCAGAACACAACAGGCAUCUAGCCUUAGAAGAAUCACUAAAACUACUAAACGAGGCCAACAUUACUAACGAAUUCGAGAAUCUACUGUUGCAGGGAAAAAUAAUCGACCUAGCCGACGGCUCUGAUGAUUACGUCCCAAUAAAACCGGAUCCAACCGAGUAUUCGUCGAUGAAACCGGAUAAAACCGGUUAUGUCCCGAAUAAUCGGGAUUUAGACGAUAUUAAUGUGCCUGAGCUGGCCAAAUACGGGAUUUCCGGGAUUGGGCAGAUUUGACAUGACGUCACUGACGGUUCCGAACCGCCUGUGAAGACUUGGUUUUGCUAAUUAAUACAAUAACAUAAAAAAUAAAAAGUUACGAUAUAAACAAACUUCCACAGUAGAUAGGGAUCUUUGUUAAAGUAAUCUAAUGGCCUCCCGCACCAGAAUCAUCUCUGUAGGUUUAAAAGAUAGCUGUAAACAUCUUGCGGCAUAUAACCGAAAAACUACAACCCUAAAGUAACAAUUAUGUAGUAGGAUGAUUAUACAAUAUAUGUAUAUAUAUUUGACCUAGAAUACGCGACUUAUCCCUCAAUAUAGAAACAAAUAUUUGGCCAAAUUACUUUAAUCAAAUAUUUAUUAUAAAUAUUCAGAAUACAGCCCAUGUUAUAUAGGUUAUGGGAAUAGAUAUGAAACAAAACCGCACACACUACGCAUUUAUCAUUUCCUUGUCAUCGUGGGUAAAAAUAUUACCAAUAGGUCUACUGAUACUUCAUAGAUUUACAUAGCAAAACAUAAUAAUACAGGUAAUCAAUAGGAAGAGACGUGUAGUUCAGCAAUAUAGACGUUAGUACUCACGCGCUUUAAAAAUCGUUAAAUUUUUUGAGAACGGUGUAGAACUACCUACGCCACGUCUCAUUUUUUCUCAUCCUAUUUGUAUGAUAUGAUAUGACCAGAUGAUUGAUGAGAUGGGUUGAAAGAAUUAUCUUUUGGCGCCGUGCUGGGUACGAAAUCUGGUUUUCUGAUCGAUGACAGGGUUGUUUGACCGCACGUAUUCGAUCUGCAAUUUAGCAGUGCAAUGCAAAGGCGGGUGUGUGUUGUAAUUUUGUUAGACCCUCCGCACACCUGGAAAAACAUAUGAAUUUGCUCGAACUGGAAGUGUCGAUUUCAAUUCUCAAUCUACGAUCAAACAUGUACAUGUCAUGUGAUUUUACUAUACAGUUAAUAAUUAUGGUUAAGUAUUUAUUUAGUGAAUAAGUAUAGCUGUGUCUUAUAGCUGCCGCAGUUUUCUAGUCGAUUUUAUUACUAGUCAAAAUAAAGCUAUUAAAAUGAAAAAUACUAUUUUGUUUUAUUUCAAUACUUACUAUUAUAAUGACAGUCAAUAAAAAAAUUAUUAAAUUCAUAUCUGGCAGAUAUUUAUGAGAAUUCUUAAGAAAAUUUACUAUUACAAGAAAAUGUCCAAUAAAUAUAUAACUGCCAUAUAUCUCGGUUAACUCGCUACCAUCUUAGACCGUAUCGUCACUUAUUUAGAGGAAUGAAAAAAACAUACUAUUUGAUUACAUGAUAGUGUUUAUUCUUUAAAAAUCACAUGGGGUACAUUGAGAUAAAAACACU